GGCGCUCCACAAAUGACACGUGUGCACAUUAAAACUGCAGGCCACAUGAUUGAUACCGCAGUUGUCAGUGUCAACAAGUUGGGAAAAAUGGCCGGUUCAAGUUCAUCAAAAUGCUCGUUUGCACUUACGUUGGUGUGCUUGUUUUUCCAGUUCUUCGUGUCGUGUGCUGGCCAAGGAGAUGAUGUUAUCACUGCUCAGGAAAUAAACGCAGACACUUUCGAGCGGAAGAUGGAAGCCGGCAAUUUUCUCCUUGUCAAUUUCAUUGGACCAGGCUGCAAGAACUGUAAAGAUUUUACGCCCAUUUUCAACCAAGUCAACACUGAGCUGUUGAGGGCGAAGUCGGACGUUACAGCAGCGGUCAUCAACAAUUUGGACAUCGUCCAGCAUUACGAUCUCCAGAAGUUACCAUCACUGGUCUUUUUCAGGAAAACUGUCCCAAUACUCUAUGAAGGCCACCAUGAAGUAGAGGAGAUUCUUGCAUGGCUGUCCAACACCAGGGAGCUCCAAGGCCGAUAUCUCAACGACAAUGACUUUGAACAUCUCACACAGGCAUCUACAGGGGCAACAACAGGAGACUGGCUGGUCCAGUUCUGUGAUCCAGAGAGACCGCAGUGUAUAGCAUUGCAAACGAUGUGGGAGACAGUGGCUUACAGGCUAAAGGACAGAUUAAAUGUCGCCACCGUCGACACGUCGGUCAACAAAGCGCUUGUAAAAAGAUUUAAAAUCUCUGUGGACAAAACGCCGUCUGUCAUUUUAUUCCACAAGGGCAACCAGUAUCCCUAUGGUCUCUUUCACUUCGGUAUCGCCUCUCUAGCCCAUUUCGCUGAGCAAUCCUACAAGCACGUCCAAGGGUCACCGGUCCUCCCUCCACCCGCCCCCUUAAUGAAAGAUGAGAAAAUGUACAAGAUACACUAUAAGAUGAUCAACGGACCUGCCGAACGACUGGAAACGUGGCUGUCUACUGGUCACAAGACCAACAAAGCUAACAAAGUGCCUAGAGAACGGACCCGAGUUGAUGACUUGACCGAAGAUAUCGCCAAAAAAUUGAAGGCGGUGCAGCCAGAAAGUAAAGGCAUCUUCUUCCUUAUUUUCGGAGGCUUGUUGGUGUUCGUCUUGGUCCUCUGUAAGGUAUUUAUGACAUCCCCAAAUCGUCAGUCCGGUACCGGAGGUGGGCCUAAAAAGGGUGUCUAACUACAGUGUGGUAGAUUAGUAACAUGUAACUAGGUAUACAAGUGUUCACUUUUUUCACUUGGAACUAUGUAUGUGAAAUGUCCAAUAUUUCUGACAUAUCUUCAUGCUUCCUAACAUUUUUACUCAUUUUGUGAUUGAAAGUUUCGAACAUUAGGCCUGAGAAGAGUUUUAGUGCAUUGUUAUUGUGCAGUCCCCAGUACUUUUUAUAAUAGGUGUAAGUUAAAAGGAAGAAUUUUAAACUCAACCUACAAAAGCUGAUGUAAAUUUAUUCGUAUAUUACAAACAUUUUGUUCUGUACCAACCAGGAUGAAGUAAAUUCAUUAAGGUAACGGCAUACGUCACAAUGAAACUUCAAUUGUCAUGAAAUUCUCUUUGUUUGCACAAAGUAUUUGAACUGGCCUUUGAAUUGGUAGGAGGCGUUGUCUUGGUUUUCCAUAUUUUUAAAAAUAAAAUGCAGAGUUACCAUUAUUGGUUUUGAUAAGGCUGAAAGCUGGCUUUUCUACGUUAAAGCUUUUUUCUCAGUUAAAAGGUGUUGGAAAUUAAAGGUGAUAUACAACAAUUAAAAACAUCAACAAACAAAACUACCAAAUUAUUAUGAAACAUCUUUACUUGGCUGUAAGUUAAUAAUAGUCUCAAGCAUCCUGUGAAAUCAUGGCACCUGAUUUUGGGGAAACAAACUGACUUUUUUCCAAAUAUUGCCUUAAUUUACUUAAUUUAGUUAGGCCACACUUUGUUUGCAAUCAGGUACAUAUCCGUGAACAGAUGCAAAUCAGCUAGUGUGGUUCCCUGACGUCUACAAAUUGCUUCGAUUUUUCUGAAGUAGGGUCAGGAAACCAGACUACAAGAACAGCAUUUUUUUCUAGGUUUUUCCAGCAUCUAUGAACACAAAACUUUAAACAGGUCAGUGAAACAAUAAUUGCUAUGACAUACCGAUUCAUACCAACCACAAAUCCAUCCAUUUCUGAAAAUUACAGAAAAAGCAAAUGUUGUAUAUCACCUUUAGGCAAUGAACAACAAUACUAAUUGACAUUUGAAAAAGAUCUUUUUUUUUUACUUCUUACCUCAAGUUCCAAUCACAUAUAAAAUAUUGAGUCUCAUGUUUUUCUUCUAUGAAAUGUGUCAUAGUGCAGUAGAAAGUCGCUGAUACUUGCCAAAUGCCCAAACAUUCAUUCAAGUGCCAUUAACAUUUACAUUGAGUUAUGUAAUUUAUAUAAAAUAUUUAAAUUGUUUGUGUUUUUCUGUUAUUAUUGAAAUUAUCAAUAUGUACUUACAGUUAUUGUAUAAAUCAUGUUUUAAGGUUAGGCCAAAAAAAAAAA